CGCAUCUCUCUCAGCUUUGGGAAUGUAUGGGAAGUGUUUUGAUGAGUCUCCACGAGCCUUUCGACUCAGAGUUAGUGGAGAGCAGCAGAAAGCUACGGGAGACGUGCUUACGGCAGUUGUAUGCGGCGCUCGAAAGAGUAUUUAGUUAACGCAGUUCUCUGAACAGGCUAAACUACUUUUCUACUGAACUGAUGCUGUACAAGAAGUAGUGAAAGAAGUGUUGGCAGACUUAACAAAGUCGCUUUAGCCGAGGAGUUUGGAAGAAAGUGAUAAAGCCUCUCUGUUAGCUGAUGUAGGACCAGCAUGUCUCGGAGAAAACAGGCGAACCCUCAGUGUGUCCACCUGGACUCGCAUCUCGCUCCUUCUGAACACUUAGACUACCACAUAAAAAAUAUCAGCUCUCCGCCAUCCGAUGUCCAUGUGUGUGAAAGUUGCUGCGCUGAGUUCUUUACACUGCCAGACCUCCAAGAGCAUCAGAUGGGCUGCUUUAAGAACCCAUUAGUUCUGAUAGUGAGUGAAAAUGGAAGUCCAGCCUCUCCUUCACCAUCUUUCACGUUUAGCUCACCUCCUUGCAAUGUAGAUGACAGCAUCAGUAAUGAAGAUACAGAAGGACUACAUGACUUUUCAAAGGACAAAACACUAGAAGAAAACAUGGAACCAGCUCUCAUGUCCGAGGGCAGCAGUUCUCACAGUGCAAGUCACUCUCAGUCAGAUAAUGAAAAUGGCACAGUAGAUGGAAGCACAAGUGCUGGAACAGUGUAUUCAUCAGGUUUGCCUCAAGCAGAUUCUCCACCUGAACUGGGUACAGUAUCAUCCACCAGCAGUAAUGUCUUCAUUGAGAAUUUGGAGAGCACAAAAGUGGCUGUAGCUCAGUUCUCUCAAGAGCUGUGUUUCAAUGCAGAAGUUAGCAGCAGCAGCAGUCUUUCCGACUGCAACAUAGCCGUACCUGGUCUAAUCGAACAACUCCUGGCUCUGCAGCAACAGCAGGUGGAGCAGCUGAAACUCAUUGAGCAAAUUCGACAUCAGAUAUUAUCGUUAGCAGCCCAGAAUACAGAUACAUCAGCACCUUCCUCCGGCAACUGUCAAGGUACAUCAGGGAUUUCGCAGACCAACCCGCUAAUAACACUCAGCUCCCAUCUCUCCCAGCAGCUAGCAGCAGCUGCAGGGUUAGCGCAAAGCCUCGUGAGUCAGUCUGCAAGCAUUAGCAAUGUUAAACAACUUAAGCAUGCAGUCUUACUAAGUGGCCAUGAUAGCACAGCAACGUUGAGUGGCAGGGACAUUUCUCAAGUGACAGAUACAGAUGGAAGAAAACAUUUGAUACCAAGACUUGGCACUUAUCUGUCUAAAAACCAGUCUAUUUGUGAUGGUACCAUCUAUAGGCAGCAGAGUGGCACAAGUCAUCCACCUUCCCCUGCCUUAGCAGCCGAUACUGCAUCGAAUCCAACAAAUAAGCUCAACCUACCUCGUGUUCCUGCUAGAAAUCAGAUCUUCGCUAAUGCGUUGCCAAGCAUUGGGACAAUUGUAGAGGACUUGAACGCCUUGACUGCUUUAGCUCAGCAACGGAAAGGCAAACUGCCCAAUAUGACUUCAUUUGAACACAAGAAGUCUUUUGAUGAAGGUUUGUUUAAGCACAAAUGCAGAUUUUGUGCCAAAAUAUUUGGAAGUGACAGCGCUUUACAGAUACACCUGCGAUCCCACACAGGCGAGAGACCAUACAAAUGUAACAUAUGUGGGAAUCGGUUUUCAACUCGUGGAAAUCUCAAAGUUCACUUCCAACGUCAUAAAGAGAAAUAUCCUAACAUACAAAUGAAUCCUUUCCCAGUGCCAGAGCACUUAGAUAGCGUUCCAACAAGUACAGGCAUUCCAUAUGGUAUGUCUAUGCCGCCAGAUAAACCUGCCUCCAACUGGUUAGACAGCAAACCAUCUGUGACCAACUUACCUGCAUUGUUGUUCACCGGAUCUUUGCCAAGUCUUCCAAGCAUAAUUAAAAGAGAGGAGCAAGUGGUAUCAAUUACAAGGGCUCCUAGCCCUGUCAUUAGUGAUUCAAAUGGGUUUGAGACAUUUGAAAGAAGAAAUAACAAAGAGGAAUUUAGCAGUGACCCUUUUUCAACUUUAAAUGGAAAAUAUGAAGAGGUCAAAAAAUCCCUGAGCUUUGCAACAUGUAUGAACUCCUUAGGAGAUGGUUCGGGUGACCACACCUCCGUUGACAAUGCCUCUAUGCAAACAAAUUCAGUGGCUCCACUACUGUCUGAGAAUUUCAAACCAAAAUUUCCAUUUGGGGGUCUCCCCGAUUCCAUGGAAGCCUCAGAAACCACCAAGCUGCAGCAACUGGUAGAGAACAUAGACAAGAAGUGUGCAGACCCCAAUGAAUGCAUCAUCUGUCACCGGGUACUCAGUUGCCAGAGUGCUCUAAAAAUGCACUACCGCACACAUACAGGUGAGAGGCCGUUCAAGUGCCGAGUAUGUGGACGAGCUUUCACGACCAAAGGAAACCUCAAAACACACUACAGCAUCCAUCGUGCCAUACCCCCCCUGAGGAUACAGCAUUCAUGCCCCAUAUGCCAAGAGAAGUUCACUAAUGCCAUGGUUUUACAACAGCACAUCCGCAUGCACAUGGUUGGAGAACUCCCCAAUGUUAUCUCCCCAGAAGAGUCCAUGGAACAUGAUACAUGCUCAGUAGAAGGGAAGGAUGAUCAAGAGAAGAUGUUCGAUGAAAACAUGGAUGUAACUGAAGGUGCAUCAGACUCUAAAGACACAAUCUCUCCUCUGGACAGCUUAUGUUCAUCUCCUACUUCAUCACAGCCCACAAAGACAGCUGGGUCAGAAAGCCAGGUACUCGUUUUGCAAGAGAAUGAUGUAUUAAAUGAUAGCUUGGAGAAUGGGUCAGUGGGUGAUAAUUAUUUAGCCCCCAGAUCAUCUCCAAGUGAUGACUAUGUGAGCCAAAGACCUAGAAGCCCUGCUUUGUCUGAAGCUACAUCUUCCUGGGACUCCUUGUCUCCAAAGAGCUCUGCAUUGGAUACUUACAGAUCGCUUACAUCUGAGACAAACCAAAAAAUGUCCUCUCUAGAGACUGGCCUCUUACAGCCAGACUGUACACUUGAUUCAGCACCUGCUGAUAUCUUAAAGGAUGGAAUGACCAUGAUCUUCCAUGAACGUGGAGGCCCUAAGAGCAAUGCAUGUGAUAUCUGCAAAAAGAACUUUGCCUGUCAAAGUGCCUUGGACAUUCACUAUCGUAGCCAUACCAAAGAACGACCAUUCAUAUGCACUGCAUGUAACAGGGGAUUUUCUACCAAAGGUAAUCUAAAGCAACACAUGCUCACACACCAGAUGCGGGACCUACCUUCACGACUAUUUGAGGCAGCGAGCCAGAAUCUUAUUUCUCCACCAAACCCACCUCAUCCUUCUAUAGGCCACUUAAUUUCUUCAAAAAUAAAAAUGGAAGUCAGCAGCAUCUUGAAUAAAGAUGGCAAAGAUUCAGCAUUUGGCAUGGCAUCCUCCUCCACUCCCUCACUGCCAGUUCAUUCAGCACCACUGGCUCCAACACGGCGAAUCCCCAAACAGCAUUUCUGCCACACUUGUGGGAAGACUUUCUCUUCUUCUAGUGCCCUGCAGAUUCAUGAGAGGACCCACACUGGAGAGAAACCUUUUGCCUGCACCAUCUGUGGACGUGCAUUCACCACCAAAGGAAAUUUAAAGGUUCACAUGGGAACCCAUAUGUGGAGCAGUUCUCCAGCCCGACGAGGUCGCCGGCUCUCUGUAGAUGGUCAUUUGACAUUCCUUAAAUCCAAUUGUGUAAAAGUUCCAGAGACAAUCCCAAAAGCUGCCAUAGCCGGAGUCAGCAAUGGGGAGUCCAUCAGCCUCUGGAACCAGUAUGCCACAGCAGCUCUUACUAAUGGCUUAGCAAUGAAAACCAAUGAAAUCUCUGUGAUUCAAAACGGAGGCACACCACACCUGUCAGUUUCUGUUGGCCAUGGAGGAAACUCACUUAUUGGUGGACUGGCAGCAAGUCUGGAGAAACUACACAAUGUAGAAACUAAAAGAGCUCUCCCUUGGCUUGAGAGACUGGGUGAGAAUGGGACAAGUUUUCACCUUACACAGUUGAUUGAAGACAGUAAAACCGAUUAAUAUUUUGUACUUCUCUUUAGUGAGGAUA